CCAAAUUUGACGCAUUCUUCAAAUAAUUCAAUAACCGUUCGUCUAUUUUGUGUUGUUUAUAGUGAAAAUUCGAGAAAUUGUCAGGAAAAUUGGUUUUUAACAGUUUCAGGGAAAUACUGGUCGGGACCUCAAGCAGUGCAUCAGCAGAUAAAAGUGUUCCAGCGAUCUGCGAGCAUGAACGCAAAUUUAACUCCCUAUGAGUUUUUUCUGCCUUCCGAUGAAGACUCGAACUCGUCAGAUCUCACCCACAUAGCUGAGAAAAACUUGACUAGCCGAAAAGCAGAGAGUACUGUUGGAGAAGUCACGUCUUCCCAAGAUACUGAGGAAACUACUAAACGUAAAACGUAUUGCCAAGUACCCAAAAUCGGAGAUAUUGAAAAAACACUUAGUGUCCCCGACAUCCCAAAAGAAGCAGCAAUGAUGAAUUAUCCCAAUGUGUCUGCAAGCGACAAAACGAAACAACUAGAUGUUGCAGAACUAAAGUUUAUUUCCCCCAUUAAGUCUGAAGGCAGUGGUGGGCUGGAGAGCUUGAUGGCUGAUGUUUGCGAUUCUAAGACAAAAGCAUCGCAAUCGGCUGUCUCUAAUCUAUCUGAUACAGCAAAUAUUUCUAGAGUUAUUGAUGCCAGUGCAGUUUUGCCAGAUCAGUCACAAGACCAUGAGGAAAAAGUCCUGGCGGAUGAUGAUGAUGAUGAUCAAAGCACAGCGUUUAAAGCAGCUGAACAUGGUGUGUUAUUGAACAAUUCCGCAGAUGAAACCGUGUCAGAAUUCCUCAGUACCGAACAUAGCAAAAGCUCGUGUCUAGAAGAGCCUGCAACUAUUCGAAUAGAGAGUGAGGAGUUGGAAAAACCUUCAAAACAGAAUGGACCUAGUGAUAAUCAGAAUGAGUCUCUUAUUAAACCACUUGAAAAUGUGAAUAGUGAAGAAAAUAUGGAAGUGGAAUUUGCAGCAGAACCAUCCAUAGAUGUGUCGAUGACCGAGCCGGGUGAUGAGAUCAUGCCUGAAGUGGCUGAUUCGCUGGACAAACCCGUCAAAAACUGUGCGCAAGCUCUGCAGGAUUACAUUCGGCAAAAAAUCAACGAGGACGAUGAUUCCAGCAGUGAAAACUCUGAACCCGAGAUGCCGUGCAAUGGAUUCAUUGAUGGAAUGGCUGAGGAAGGCGAAGAAGACACUCCUUCAGAAGACAGCAACGCUAUACCAGAUCAAGGCGAAUCAAUUGGGUCUUCCGACACGGAAGCGUCUAAUUUUUAUGAUAGUGGUUCUAAUGAUUCAUUCAUUUGCGAUGAUGAAGAAGACGAGCUGCUUUCGGGCAAUGAAUAUGAUCUGGGAUAUGAAAGAAAAAAGUCCAAAAAAUCCAGAAUAAUAGAUGCCGACUUGUUGGGGGAUGAUGACAUCAUAAAGGUUCCCAGAAAGAAGGCUAAAGAAGUGCCGACGAAGCGCAAGAGAAUAGUGGAGAUGUACGAUUCCUCCAGCGACGAUGAAACCGCUCAGCACAUUUCCCCUAGGGCUUCAUGCCAAGGCAAAGAACCAUCCAAAGUUAGCAUUAACGAAAUCACCCCGGUAGUGGCUGAAGAAACCACCCAUAGCGUUCAAGAAGAGAUUACAGAAAAUGCCAAAGAAGCGCCCAAAAACGGUCAUCUUGCCGAUGUGGUGAUUGGCAAUAUUUCAAUCAUCACUACCGAUUCAGACAUGCAGAAAAUGUGCAAAAACUCAUUUAUUUCAAUUCAUCAGAAUACUGGGGUGGAAGACAAGUCGACUGCAGGACUAAACACACUAGUAGAAGAAUUCUCUUCUGCUGUGAAAAACGGCAAAAUAUCUCUGAAUAUAUGUCACAGGUGUGAUGAUCUUGCUAGUUUGGUUUUAAGCAACACGUUGAUUAGAGACAAAGUCAAACAGGUCAUCGAAACGGAAACCGACAGAAACGAUUCACCAAACAGCGCAAAGAGUGGAGCUGAUUUUUCAGGCGCUAAGAACUCGCCAAAUAGCAAGAGCAAGAGUACCGAUAAUGUUGCAGGCGUUAAGAAGAAAAAGCGGAAACUGAAGACAAAAAUAACUGCCAGCGAUUUAUCAGAAGAUCAAAGUGCUGCUGAAAGGCUGGAGCGUCGGUUGGUUAAGGCCGUAAACGGCCGGGAUGCUGAAAACACCCAGAAGAGAGCAAGACUGAAGCGAAAGCUGAGAGAACGCAUUAGCGAUUCAUCGGAAGAAAACCUGUUCACAAAGCAACAGAAGCACAAGAAGGCCUCAAGGAUCACACUAUCUGAAAGUUUGUUCAAAAAACGAGUUGCCGAUCUACGAACCGAUAUUAGCCUGAUAGAGCGGCUAAUUACAGACGUGAAAAACAGACCCCGACGCGCCAUUAAACCGAGCACGACGGCCGCCUCUGAAGUUUGGAGCCAAACCGAAGUCCUAAAUGUAGCGCCAUCCACAUCUUUGCUGUUCAAGAAGCGCGUCCCUAAAAAAUGCAUCCGCAGGAUUUUAAAACCCGUCCGAGUUUCCUGUUGAAGUAAUCGUCUAUUUCCGAAGUGUAAGUAAAAAUACGCCUUUAUUGCAUACAUUUGUUUUUUAAGCCAUGUUAAUAUUAUUUUUCCAUUUACACGUGUUUAUCCGUUUCUACUGAAAUAAUGAAUACAUUUUGUAAUGUU